AUGGCUUCAUUCCUCAUAUAUUUGGCCGAAACUCAAACAAAUAGUCAGUUCGCGACCAUAGCUAAUGGCAUGUGGUGGUCGGUUGAAACACUUUUCACGGUUGGCUACGGAGAUAUAGUUCCCAUGAGCACCCUGGGCAGAUUUGUGGGAUCUAUUUUUAUUAUCAUAGGCUACUGGUUGUAUGCAUUACCCGUUGAGAUUAUAGGCGCCGGACUGGCCCUUAGAUUACAGAAAAUGGAGACCGAUGUCAAACAUAACCCUCAAUUGAUUCCGGCAGUCAUAUUAAUUCAAUCAUAUUGGAGGUGCUAUGCGUCAAACCACAGGUCUCUAUUCCAGACCACGUGGUAUAUCCCUCAUAACCGGGUGAUUGUGGACCGGAAUCAGCGAAAUGUUGUCCGAUUCAUAAGAACCGUAAAGUUAUUGGCGGCUAAACAGGCCUUCAAAACAAUGUGUCGUAAAACUGAUAUACACUUUGCGUACAAAAGUACUCACACAGAGCACCGGCAGAUUGUCAACAGAAUUAAGUUAAUGCAGUUUGAGAUAAAGGGUGUGGAGGAAAGGCUGAUAGAGUUGUCGAGGAUUUAG